AUGAAGAUAUCUCGGACUGCCCCCCACGACUGCGAUGUGGAUACGGGCGAACUCGAGGCACUACAUCUCCGUGACACUCAAUCCGGUCGUAAGUGUCCACCUUCAAUCGCGUCCAAAAACUGCGACGAGUGCGAGCAAAAAAGGGCGGAAUUCAGCUGCGACGACUGUGGACUCCAGUAUUGUGCCACCUGUGACACGCACCGGCACCGAAAAGGGAAAUUGCAAUUUCACGAACGACAGCAAAUACCACGAAGUCGAAUCCCGAAAGUUGAAAAAGCUGAAACCGAAGCGAACCCAAGUCUCGACGUAGCCGAAUGGAAAAUCUGUGACGUGUGCGACUGGCUCGAAGCGCAUGAUUUAGGGCUGUUUGUAGACGAAGCGCAACGACAAAAACUUACAGGAGAGAUGUUGCGGUCAUUGGAUGGUGCACACGCAUUCGUGGAGGCUGCAGCGGGCGUCAGUCGCGGUCACAAGAAGAAAUUGCUGCGGGAAGUGCUCAAACUGCAGAGUGUUGUGGCGCGUUCACCUUGUAAACGUGUGAUUGCCUCUGAAGCAGUACCUUUGCCACCGAUACAGGGUACUGGAAACUCUAGACGUCCUAUUGGCUUUGAUGUGCGUGUGGAUGUGGAGUCUGGAGUCGCGCCACCACCUCCCAGACGUGGAUUCGGUCUGGGCUCUCUUGGGUUGAAGCCGUUGAAGAUUGACGUGACUGAUGGUGCUAGUGGUGAUGCCGUUGGCGUUGUAAAAAGAGGUCGUGGAGGUAGGCAGAUGUUGGGUCUCGAUCUUGCACUGGUCAAAUGUGACGAGAAGACAGUGGCAGCUUCGUUUGAUUUCUCUGCAACUGGCACGCUGCAGACACAAGGCUUCGAGAUCGAUACACGUGGUAUUGCCAAUGUGCCUUUUGCAAGCUCUCAACAGUACCAAGCGAACGAGAAAAAGUCUAGAUCCAGCGCAGAUGCAAUCAGUACGAAAGAGUAUUUGUUAAUGCUUGAGGAGCUUGGACAUGGAGCUGGUGGAAAGGUAUAUAAGGCGCUGUACAUGCCGACGUUCAUGCUGGUGGCUGUUAAGAUCAUUCGAGUGCACGACCAAAAGAAGCGCCAUCAAAUGGUGCGUGAGCUCAAGUCGCUGUACGUAAACUUUGUACCGCUCGCCUCUGCUGCCUUCCCAUCUACUUCCGCGGCAACGUCAUCUGUUGCUCGAGCAGCAUGUGAAGAGCUUGUUAUUUUCUACGACGCAUACACCAACCCCGAGCUGGGUUCUGUAUCGAUCGUCUUGGAGUACAUGGAUGGAGGAUCGCUAGAAGAUUACGUGCAGUCUGCUAUCAAUGGAGAUGGAAGAAAAGAGGGCUGCUUGUCCGAAAAGGAGAUUGCGAACGUUGCUGCGUGCGGGUUAAAAGGACUAGCUUUUUUGCAUGAGCACCACCAGUUGCACCGAGAUAUCAAACUUAGCAACAUGCUCAUCAACUACCAAGGUCAAGUCAAGAUAUCGGACUUCGGUAUCUCUCGCGACCUCGAAAGUACCUUGGCGAAGGCGACGACAUUCACAGGCACGCUUUUGUACAUGGCACCUGAAAGAAUUAGUGGAGGCACGUACUCGUAUCCCUCCGAUAUCUGGUCUUUCGGACUCGCGAUUAUGGCUUGUGCCAUCGGAAAACUGCCUGUUCCGUCGAAAGAAGGCUACUGGGGUGUUGUACAGGCUGUGCAGGAGCAGCCCUCUCCGCGACUACAAGACUAUGACGAUCGUUUUUCUCCGGAACUUUGCGAUUUCCUGGACCAGUGCUUACAGAAAAACCCGAUGUAUCGACCCCCUGCAGCGAUUCUACUGGAGCACUCGUUUAUCAAGAAACACUUCUUACCGAAAGAGCAAACGAACGUACGACUGAGCCGGGAUCGACGGCCACGGACAGCGGAAGCUCUUGAACGCAGUCGCCAAGAAAUGCGAACUAUCGCUAGUAAGGCCCACAGCUGGUGUCUCGAUCACGCGGAUGUUUUUCAGUGCCUAUCAUCCACAAGUGGGGUGAAUGGGUCGCAAGUUACUUCAAGUAAGCGAAAGAUCGAGGUUCUAGCUGAACAGCUGCAUCUACCUGUCGACGAAGUGGCUCCGCAUUUCACGUUUCUGGACGAAUUUUGCACAUAG